AAAGGGAAGGGAAGAAAGACUUUCACAACUUCUGUUUCAUGUCAAAGGGUCUGAUGUCACAGGUUUUUGUUUCCACACAUUGAAGUUUGUUUGCCACUGGCUUUAAAAAGAAGACGAGUGCUGACUACAUCUACAAUGAACAAGGAACAAGAUCAUUUAAUGUUUGACGGUUAAAGAGCAGAAAUGUCUGAUGGUAUUAAUAAAGAUGUGAUCAGGACUGAGUCUGAGGGAAUGAAGACAGACAGAAUGGAGAUGAUAGUGGAAAUCUAUGAGAGUGCAGAAUGUGUGAGAGAUCAUGACUUCAGGACAGAGACAAACACACCCCAACCACUUCAGCGUACAGAAAGUGUUUGUGUGAAGAUCAGAAGCUCCAGAGCAGCUGCAGUGUGUUUGGUGCUGCUGUGUGUUCUUCUGCUGACUGCAGUCAUAGUGCUGUGUGUCACGUUCACUCUAGAGAGUCGACAGUUAAUAUCCAAGAAUGAAAACCUGACCAAUGAGAGAGACCAGCUACUAACUAACAUCACCAACCUCACAGAAGAGAGAGAUGGGCUGAAAAUAAAGAACAAAAACCUGACCAAUGAGAGAGACCAGCUAAAACUGGAGAAAAAUGAUCUUCAGAUGAGUCUUGGUAAACUGGCAGAUGGAUGGAUUUACAAUCAAUCCAGUCUUUACUUCAUUUCCUCUGAGAAGAGGAACUGGGCUGAGAGCAGAAGAUACUGUACAGAGAGAGGAGCAGAUCUGAUCAUCAUAAACAACAGAGAGGAACAAGAAUUUGUCAAGAACAGUUCUGAUAGUUUCUGGAUUGGUCUGACUGACAGUGAUGUGGAGGGCAGAUGGAAAUGGGUUGAUGGCACCAACAUGACCUCUGGGUUCUGGGGGUCUGGAGAGCCUAAUAGUUACAAUGGUGAUGAAGACUGUGCUAUGAUUUAUUCAUCAGGAUGGGCUGAUUAUCCAUGUAAUGAUGCAUUUAGAUGGAUCUGUGAGAAGAUUAUUUUUAAAUGACACAUUUCAAUAAAUAUGUGAGCAUAAUGCAUUAUGAACACAAAAACAGCUCAUAAUAAUGUAAUUGUAACGAUCACCGUCUGUUCCUGUCACUCCCCGGACUACA